GAAAAGAUGUCGGAGAAAAAAGAUUUUAGGCCGGUGAAGGUCAAGAUUAAGUCAAAUAAACAAAAAUCAAUGAAGUAUAUUUCAGGAGACUUGCUGUAUUCAGGAGUAAACUUAUUCGGAAAACUAUCAGAAAUAUACAUGGAGAAGAUCAAGAAUGGAGAGAUGUUUGCUGGAACUUACCAAGAUACUCCUACUCAGAAAGAGGCUGUAGCAGUCCCUGCUCCAGAUUACUCAACUCCAGCUAUGUCUAAGAAGAGUAGUACUGUUUCAAAUACUUCAAAUAUGAGUUAUGACAGCAAUCGAGGAAUGCUGAAGAGCUCUUCUGUCUUUCAAAUGGAUCAAGAGAUCAUGAGCUUGUUUAGAAAGUUACAAAAGAAGGAUGCAAUUACUAAAGUGAAGGCUCUCAAAGGUCUUCUCAAAUACGUAGAAGAUCAAGGAGAAGAAAUUGAAGGUUUCGAUUUUGCUGAACAAGGAAGCCAAUUAUCACAAGUGCUCACUUUCUUCCUCUACCACUUUGAAAGAAUUGUCACAUAUGAAGCUGAAAGAGGUGUCAGAAAGGCUGCCCACGAUGUACUGGGUGCUUUCUUGAAGACAUGUAAGAGGAACUUCAAUCAGCAUAUCAUCAACUUAUUCCCUCUGUGGUAUAUUUCAUUCUAUGAUACGGCUCAGGGAAUCAGAACUACAGCAAAGGAUAACUUUUUCUCUGUGUUUAAAUCUAACGAAAUCAGAUCAAAUCUCUUCAGAAAAACUAUUGACAACAUUGGGGCUUUGAAGUCAGAAAGUGAGACUACUAUUUCUCAAAACUACUUGUACUUCAUUCAAGAGAAGAUUCUUCACUUUGAGAUGCUGUUAUCGGAAGAUAUGACUACCUUAGAUAAGGCAGAAAGAGAUUCAAUCUAUGACAGAAUAAUCUCAGGAUGUUUGGAGUCCCUCUCAGAUUCAUUCGAUAUUUUUGCGUCAUUGAAAGAAGGACAGAAAAAGAAAAGCUGGACUCCUGAAAACACUACAGAAUAUAUCGACCAAAUUCUGGAUGUGUUUAAUUUGAAUUCGGUAGAUUCAUAUCCAACAAUGUACAAAUUUAUGGGUGCCAAGUUUAGUCCUCCCAUCAGAGCUGCUGCUCUUAGGCUGUUAGUUAAAGUAUCUGACUACAUGAUCAAAGCAGAUAAGGCCAACAAAGAGAUAUUUACAACCCAUAUUCAUAAGUUAUCAAGCUCAUUGUUCUCAGGAGUUUCUGACGAAUCAUACAACGUACAGAAGAUUCUAUGGAAAUCCGUCUUAUAUGAAUUCUGCUCGAUAUUCAAGGAUGAACUCUGGGAACAAGUGGAUAUAAAGAAGGCUCUGCUCCCACAGAUCUACACCUGUCUUAAGAAUGCUGGGUUUGGAGCACAUACAGAUUUGUAUAAAAACUUCUCUCAUUUCGUGUCUCUUUUGCCAAUAUUCAACUUUGAGACUCCCUUUGAGACACUUUACAAAACUCAACCAUUAGGUGAGAAGAAAUCAGCAGCAGAACCUAUUGAGGAAUCCAAGGAAGAAUCAAAAGAAGAGGUUAAGGAAACCCCGAAAGAAGCAAAGAAGAAAAAGAAGGCAAAGAAAGCUAGAAACCAAGGUGGUGAAGGCGGUGUCAAGACAAUCAAGAACUCCUUUUCAAUUAAUGAGAAAGCAAACGUCAUGUUUGAGACCAUGAAAGCCUUACUGAGUGGAAUCGAUGUAGAGGAAGCAGUAGCCUUUAAUAAAGAAAUUAUCGAUAGCUACUAUGACACUAUUGGCUUUUUGUGUGUCAAGAGGAUUUUCCCAGCUAUAGAAACUUUGAAAGACAGUGAUCCUAAAUCAGUAGAGACUUUGAAGAAAAAGAGUGUACAAUCUUUGAUGCUUCCUGUCAGCGAAUAUCUGAAGAAGAAUAAUCCAAAACUUUCUAAUUCUCUUUACAAUACGAUUCCAGAGAAAUUUACAGGAAUCUUAGAGCUGUUCUCUUCUCAAGGAUUAGCUGAAGAGGUUCUUGAUGAUUUAUUCAAUGACAUCCAUGAAACUCUAGUAAUUGGGUUGGAGAAGUCUCCUCAAAAUACCAUCAAACUUCUGAGUAUCUUGCUAUCACAGACAUCCACCGAAAAUGCCUACUAUAUCAGAAUUCAGAAGAUUGGCUCUGGGCUUGUUCAGAGUUUGUACAAAGGUCUUAGAGAAGGAUUGGGCAAGAUGAGUAAAGAAACUAUAGACCAAUUUGAGAAAGAUAUUGAAAUAUUCUCCUAUAUUUCACACAGCUUGUUAACUAAAGGAUUAGAGUCUUCCAUAUUUGAACUCUACUCUGACGAAAUUAUUAACGGAAAUGCCAUGCCUCAUGAGUACACGCUCUUGGUGAACAUUUUUGAAAUUGUCAAGAUCCUACAGAAGAAAUUAAAGAAGGAAUUCCUCCAAACUUUGGAAAUAGUUCAAGAGAAAAUGUGGCUCUGCCUCAUCUUGAGAACAAAUUAUCUUUAUAAGAGAGGCACUACCGAAGUAGAAGCAUUUAUGAAUGGACCAAUGCUUGAUUUAAUUUCAACAAGCUUGAAGAAUUACGGUAUAAGUGAUGAUAGGUACCUCAGGUUUGUAAUCCAAUACAUUGCUCCUGCUGACUGCCUGUCUUUACUUAUUUCAGAGAAUAUUGAGAAGAAAGUAGAUUUGAAGAGGUUCAAAAAGAAUAUUCUCUCUCAUAAAGAUACAAAGCUAAAAGAACUGUUUAUUCCUUACGAGACAUUUAUGCAGAAAUCAGAGAAGAUCCAAGAGAAGUUUUUGAGUAUCCUCUACAUCGACAUGAUUGAUGACUACUCCAAGUCACAUCAGAUCAUGACUAUUUACUCUAUUUUUAAGAGAAAACUAGAUGAAUAUGUAAGCUUUAAACAAGAUGGCCAGAGCUACUCAAUUUUUACUGAAGCAACUGUAAAGACCAUCCUUGAGUCAACCUUGGAGUUCCUUGAGGAGACAGAGCAAGUCCACAAGUCAUUCCAACUUUCAGAAAUUGGUAAUGUUCUUGCAAAAUUCAUCCUGUCCAUCAAGCGUGAUGACAACCUAUUUGAGCUCUCUAAGAAGAUCUGUGAAAGUUUCUUCACUAUUUUAUUAGAUAUUAAGCAAAACUUGUCAUCUGCUGUGGACCAAUGGAAGUUCAUCAACUCAAUUCUGAUGAAUGAAGAGCUUAACUUUGAAGGGCAAUUUUUGGAAUAUAUCGAGAACGUUCUUAAGCAAAGGAUCCACAACCUUGCUGGAAUCAACUCUGAAGACAGGAAAUACUCUAUUGAUCUGAAAUCGGUUAAUAAUGAAAUAUUGGUCCUUAAGAACUUUAUCAACACUGUACCAAAGGAGAAGAUCAAUUUGUUAGAUUCACUGUCAAGAAUUGUUUUACAUCAGGAAAACUUUAGCCUGCUUGCUAAAGACUGACUCAUUCUGAAAAUUUUCCAGCAGACUUUCCUGAUUGGAGGAAUUGGCUUCAACAUUGAUGAUCUGGCUCUAAAGAAAGAGGAAGGAAGUGAAGAUUUCAAAUAUAUUUGGCUCUUAUGUGAAUUAUUGACUUCAAGCUAUCUCCCUUCUCUUGCUGGAUACACUAAUCUAAGGUACCAGAUACAAACAUUCUGUGAAGCUGAGGUGUACCCUUUGAUUCUUAGGGAAUGUUGCUCAGAGUCUAACAACACACUCUUCUUUUCUAUGAUGAAGUACUUGACACAAAAAUCUAUUGAGAAAUCAUCUAUAUAUGCAAAGACUCUUGGAAAUAUCAUUCAAAUGAUCAUUAAGCCUCCUGAAGGGCUUUAUGAACUCGUUGCUGACUUCACAAGAUGGAAGGAUCUCCUAGAUGUGACUAUUGGCCAGCAUCUUGACAGUGUUCUUCAAGCUGAUGAUUCUAAUAUCCCAGAAAUUCGGAGAAAAAUUGAAAUGAUCAAGAUUGUCAGUGAUAGCGUCAAGCAUCUCCUCUACAGUCUUGAGUCUUACCAAGAUAUCAGAGAGAAAAUUAUUGCUGAACUUGAUGUAAAUAAAGAGAGCAAUAUCAUACUUUACUCCACAAUGAUUGAUGAUCAAAGAUGGGAUAGCUCAGCCCUUCAGUUCUUGGAUAAUGAAGAUAUAGAUGAAACUCCAACAUUCAAGGAUGUAAGGUGCCUCCAAUCCAUUUUGAAUCAUAUUUCAGGGCUGCUAGAUGAAAAGAUAGAUAACUUAGCCUCUCUUGAUUCUAUACUUGAAAGUCUAAACUGUGCUUUAACAAAAAUGGGCAUUGGGAAUAUCCUUGAUAGCUUUGCUAUCAACUUUGAGAACAUAAAGUUUUUCCUUAAGAAUGCUCUAGACUAUUUGAUUGUUGAGGAAAUCACAUUGGAGGAAUCAAGCGAGAUUGAUACCUACACUCCAGUUGUGCUUAACACAAUAGGUAUCAACCUACUCCAGUUUGUUAAAAUGAUCAUUGGGCAACUUCACUCUAAUGAUUCUGAAGGGACUAAUGUCAUUAUUGAUGGAGUUUUUGAAUAUUCAAAACUAAAAGCAGAGGCUUUUACCCAAAAGACCAAUCUUCUCAAAGUAAAGUUGCAGGAAGCUCAGAAGUUCUCUCACAAGACCCAAAAAUCUCUUAUCAAAGAGGCAGAAGAAGAGUCAGAUGGUUCAAAGAUUAUCCAAGAGCAAGAGUAUGAACUAAUAGACUGCAUUGCUGAAGUGAUAAACAACAUAAUUCCAUACAUUCAUACAGCUAUCGACGAAGAUGUUCUCUAUACUCUGAUCGGCACUCACAUUGAGAGUAUCCAAAAAGCUGCUUAUCUCACCUUAAAGUACUUCUAUGAGAGCUUUAUCCCACCUCUAAAGUACAAGUAUGAAGAGGAAGGAGAGAUCGACGAGGAGGAAUUCAAGCACCAAAUAGAACAAGAGCUUGCCCAAAAUGAAGAAAGCAAGGAAGAUGAAGAAGAGACCAAAGAUGACCACGACCAAGUUGAACAUUUAAAGCAGAGAAGAAUCAAAGGCGAGCCUGAUAAGAAUAUAUCGAUCAUGCUUCUAGAUAUUAUAGAGAGGCCUCCUGAGAUUAAGGAUGAGGCACAUCAACAUCAAGAUGAAGAGGAGUUGGAAGAAAGUGAGGAAGAGAUCUUACAUGAAGGAUACAUGAAUAUUCAGAGCUCAAGUACUUUGCUCGAUGACAAAUUAAUGAGCAAUGAAGUUUAUAGUUACUUCCUUGCUUGGAAUGCAAUGCUUAAUAAGAUUUCCAACGCUAAAAUGAAGCUUAAAUUUGAACAAGAUCAUGAUUAUCUCAGAACCAUCAAUUCUUUACAAGAAUUUCUGACUAUGAAUCAGCAUGUAUACGAAAUGCUGCUGAUUUUAAUAAUCGCUUACCUCCCAAGUAGCAUUAAAAACAAAUGGAAUCCUUCAAAUAUCAUUGAUUGUAAGCCUGAAUGGACUGAUUUGAACGAGCAGAAAUUAAUAGAGGAAUUCGGACUAUUUACAAUGUACAACUUCAUGGCAAAUUUCCCAUCUCUGGCUAGAGAUUACUACCAAGACUGUGAUAGAAGGAUCUUUACUCUUGUCCAUCCAAUUAUCAGCAAGCUGAUUUCUCCAGCAAUUAUGGAGAAUGAGAUUAGAAAGAUAGAGACUUCUCAGGCUGAUCUCAGUACACAGAAUCUAUCUUUCACUUUGUUCAAGUCCACGCAGGAAAUCCUUGCAGAUUAUGUAAAUGAGGAGGUUGAAGUUCAGCUGAAAUUGAAGAUUCCAAAUGAAUAUCCUCUCAAGAGUAUAGAAGUGAAAUGUACCAAGCAACUCAAGAUACCAGAAAUGAAACUCAGGAGAUGGAUGUUGUCAAUCAGCAAGAUGAUCUCCUCACAGAAUGGAGACUUUAUAUCCGGAAUUCUCCUCUGGAAAUCUAACAUCGAGAAAGAAAUUGAAGGGGUCGAGGACUGCUUGAUUUGCUACUCCACAGUUCAUGUCAUCGACAAGUCUCUUCCCAAACUUGCUUGUAAAAACUGUGAGAACAAGUUCCAUGCUCAUUGUAUCAGGAAAUGGUUCGCUGAGAGUCAAAAGAGCAAGUGCCCAAUGUGCCAGAGCUUCUUCUGGUAAAUCUUACUUACUCCCAUUACAUAUUCAAUCAUAUUUUGCU